UACUACUACUAUUAUUUUUCCUUGGGCGCAGGUAAUGGACGUGCGCGAUGCUUCCAUGGCCAUGAUGGGUUCCCUCCGGAUGGAGUUCGCGAUCAUAUACCCGAACUUCUCGGUGCUGGACAGCCAGGGGAACGUUGUCCUGCUGAUCAAGGGCCCCUUCUGUACAACAUCCAUCUGUUGCGAAGACGUGGUCUUCAAUAUCCUAGCCACGGACGGCGUCACCCAGCUGGGCGCGAUAACGAAGAACUGGACCGGGAUGUGUAGGGAGGCCGUAACCGACGCCGACAACUUCACGGUCACCUUCCCAUUGGAUUUGGACGUGAAGAUAAAGGCCGUGCUGCUCGGUGCGGUCUUUCUAAUUGACUACAUAUACUUCGAGAGUUCAAGCGGCCACGACUGCAGGGAACGGUUCCGAUUCCGCGAUUUCAACUGGUGAAAAAAAUCGCCGGUUUUGUUAUGCGUCCCCAAAGACGGCCGGGCUGCCCAGGAAGGCUGCAACCAUGGCGUACUUCGAGGCCUUUGCGCAGUCGACGGCAUGUUUGCGAACAAUGCCCUUACCGUACAUUUCCGUCUAUUCCUGUACCUCGCCAAAAGGAUGGCUAUUGUUUUACGAUUUUACCACGAGUUUCUUGCGCGACAUUUAUGCUUGCAGCAUAUUGGUUCGUGUGAUUUUCUUCCGGAAUAAGUCGUUUGCCACGCAUCUCAUCGCACAAGAACCGGAAGAGCAUGUUUACAAGGUCCGCGUUAUUUUGCAUGAAUCCUGUUGUCUGCGAUAUAUCUGAAGACGGGCAAUACCUGCCGGCUGCACUGAGCAAAGCCUGGUUAUGGCGUACAUGUCCCCGUAUAGUGAAGACACAGCUAUAGCGAAGAGCAAACGUGGCUGCUCUAAACAUCGUCACCAUCCGCCCGUCCUUUUUUUCUAGAUAUCUCCACCUAUGCCCAUCCUGCGUCAGCCCAGCCCACGUUCUAAACCUGCAGAUUUCCUCGACUUGUCGCCUACCAACCUCGACUAUAUGUUGUUCUUCCAUUGGACACUCGCUAUAUGCUACAAUAUUGCGUCAACGCUUUAUCCGAGAUAUCCGAGAUUCGCACGAGAUGAAACUCGCCAGAGAGUCGUGAAAACGCCCCACAAAACCACUCGGGCUAAACCCGAGUCGAAAGCCAGGAAACAUGAAAUUGAGAAACCGAGAUGAGGACUGGAACUGAAGAUGAGAGCAACAAAUUUCCAAAAGCUUUUCGAAGGCAGCUAUAUGUUUGUCUUAGUGGCCGUGGCGGCUCAUGUAACAGCAUGCAACCACAUUGCAAAAGCCAGCGGCAUUCACUACGUUUCAAUGGCGCAGCAGCAGAUGGACAGAUCAACGAAGACAAGCUCCGACUUUCAAUUGAAAUUUAUUUUAAAAUAGGUAAAUAUAUAUGCACAAAAAUACACGUGUAAAAGCGUAAACCAUCGAUAAGAGAAAUAAAACUACAUAAGCAAUAAAACCAUAAGCAAUAAAACCACAAGUAAUAAAACACUAAAAUCCGCGUAAACGAAGGGUGGAGGAUGCAAUCGGCAACGUGUCUGCCAGGCCACACACUAGUUUGUCUUCAGAGAGAGAAAACGUUUAAUGAAAUCUUCCGAGGGAGCGGCAGCGAGCGUCAGUGAUCCAUCAACUUCCCCGACAAGAUCUCAAAGGCAAUUCUAUGUCAACCGCCGAGUGUCGCGGGCGGAACAACUGAACGGUGCGCCUAUCGCGACGCGACACACAAACACACCACAAUCUUGAGCGGACGCUGCCGUUUGUCUGUGUGCUCUUUCCUCAGGUAUGCCAUCAACACCUGACAGCAGUCCGGUUUGUUAUAUUCAGAACGGCGAUUGACCAGUGGUCGAGGUCGGGGAUGGGCACGAGCACCGAGUUAAAUGUCGACCGUGCACGUCCAUGCAGGGCGCACGUGAAGAAGUGCGUCGUCAGCGCCUGAACGCAGAGACCAUCUGGAACUUCUCUGGCACGCUCGGCCCACAAGCCCCACGUUGAAGUCAGUGGCGCCGGCAUUCAGCCAGUUGGUGCCGAGCACGGUUUUCAGGUCCCUGCGAGUGUGACUGUAGACCGAACUUCGCACGACCACACGAUGCUUGUCACCUCGCCCGCGCCUCCGCUCCCUCUGAAGGCGGCUCCGAAUCCAUUCGUCAUCCAUGGUCACCGCAGCACCUGCCCGAUCCAUGCACACUGCAGGUAUGGCGAGCCGCUCCUCUCCAGUCAAAGUGCGGGUCGACAGUGUCGUGUAGUGGAAGCCGGGCAGUGCCACACGUCCUCUAGACGCCGCAACGCCACCGAGCAGUCUUGCGCCGUCUUCGGGAGGUCGGAGAGGUUUUAAUUGGCCCGUGCUGGUCCCAGGCAUGGUGGAGACGUGGAACCGGAACCUGGGAUGGGGGGCAGGCAGGUUUCGAAGUUACAAUCACUGGCGCGACAGGGGCAUGCUAGGACUACAGAGUCAUCGCCGAUCAGAAAAAGUAGUUUGAUUUUAUUACUGCGCUCUAGGAAGUCUUUUACAGCAAAGCUGUAUAUGGCUAGGGUUUCGUGCAUUUUUGUUCCGUCAAUGAAAACUAUCAUCAUCAAUGGUCCAUACCUCCGUAGGCAAGCGAAACAUUGCAAUGGCUAAUAGCCACAUAAGGCAGAGGCUACAAGCACUCAGCAAAGCGAAGCCAACAGUGCUUACAUUCUUGCUAAUCACGCAUACAACAGACUGAACAGCAUGUCGAAAACUCGUCAAUGGCUCAUAGCCCCAUACGCAACAAUGCAAUGCCUCAUAGCCCCGUAAGGUUCAUGGCUACUCACUUUGCGUGGGUUAGUUGGGAUGACAGUAUACCCGUGUGGUCGUUGUCGGUGAAUUCAUUGUGGAUGUGUCGAGACCGAAAAGGUAGUUGUUUAGGCGUUUCGUGUUGCAGACAUGUCGCUUGCGAUUCCACACCGAUGCGGUCCACCCGACAACCCAGCGGUGUACGUGCAUUUGUCCAAAAUUCUGUGUCACCUUUGUGUCGUGUGCUAAACAGCUUCGCUGGUCGCCCACCUUCACACAGUAGAAUGGCUCACGAUUUUUGGCACAGGCUGGGUAGAUAAAUGGCACGACUGAUAGCACACUUCUUUUUCAGUGCAAGGCCGUAAUGUUCCAAUAUGCGCAUACUUGAGAUCACUUUCACAGACAGGCAAUCACAGAUACAGAGAUAGCAUAAGGCAUAGAGAGUCAAAGAACGAACCCUUGCAGAAUUUCAAGGUUGUUGGGUGAUUAGCAUAGUAACAAGAAGCCACAAACUGAACACUUUCGGCCCAGUAAGUCAUGCACCGCACCGAGAAGCAGUAAUCCUCAGCAUUAAUUUCACAAAGACAGUUGUUUGAUGCCUAAUACGUCCUUACAAGAAGUUAUUGUGGUUAUCAUGUCGCUGUUUUCAUAUCGCCUCCAUCAUCAUUCCAUUCACAGCUUUAAGCUAUGGGGUGUUACGUGCCAAAACCACGAUAUGAUUAUGAGGCACGCCGUAGUGGGGACGACUCCGAAAUAACUUGGACCACCAUGGGUUCUUUUACAUGCACCUGAAUCCAAGUACACGGGUGUUUUCGCAUUUCGCCCCCCAUCGAUAUGCGGCCGCCGGGGCCGGGAUUUGAUCCCGCGACCUCGUGCCCAAUACCAUGGCCACGAACAAACCACGGCGGGUUGCGUUGACAGCUUUGUGCAGCAAAUGACAGGCGCGCGGAAUGCCAAAGCUGUGUCUUGAUUUGAUUAGCGCAACAACAAUCCGUGCAACAAAAGCAACCUUCCUCAGAGGCAACAGGGCAACAAGUCCCGAGAUACUGCCUUCUGAACCUAAAUAGACUGCCGUUGUUUUUUUUUUCUUUAGCGGUUUGAAGCAUCGGUAUAAUUUUGGAGCGAUCUACAGCCAUUGUAUUUAAAAAUAUAACCAUAUAUCCAUGCGAUAUCGGCUAGAAGUCACAGUGGCGAAAGAAGAGUCAGAAUGGUAGGCAAAUGAACGGUUUUUCUGAGCGCGGCAAACAAAGGAAAGAAAGACAAAAACGUACAAAGUAAAGGUGAGAACAGGACACAGCAAAAAGUCUAAUGUGCCCUUUUCCGAGGAUGUGUCUUUCCAACGUCUUCAGGGCAUAACCUUAUGCCAACUGAACAAGGUCCAAGCAUCUGCCAAGUAAAAACCGGCAUAUCGUGAAAAAAAAGAAAAAAAGGAAAGCCGGCAGGUCCCACGCCGUGUGGGAAUCGAUGUUAUACGAAGCAGUAUGCGAGGAGCCUACCAAGUUAACGAAACAACUAUGAGAGCACCAAGACGUAGGCGGCUGUUUCAUGACCUACGUACAUGACACUGUGCGCCGAACCAGGGGGCACAGAUUCGAUGAACCUUGUCACGCUCAAGUCGCAACUGAAGUGUUAUAUUUUCUCUGCUUCCCGUCAGCAAUAGAAAUGUGGAACAAGUGUGCUCGAUCCGU